ACGCUAAGCCAAUCAGCAACAGCCCCUGACAUUCAAGAUGGCACCAUGGCCUGAACAAGGCAACGAACCCAAGGCACCUGACAAAAGUUGUAAUAAAAGUGGUGAGAACAGUUCGUUAGAAGCCUCUAAAGUGAACGUAGGAAAUACAGAGGAUUCAGAAGUCAAUACCACAACCGCCAAGUGUGACGAUAAACAGGCUGAUGAUCAUAAUGCCCAUGUAUCAAACUUGGAUGAUGGUCAGUUGAGAGCUCUCCUUGACGAGGCUAUUGCCUACAAGUGCCCUAAGGAUAGGGAAGGCAAAAGCAACCUCUUCAGAGAACUCCUGCAGGAGGCAGAAGCAAACGAAGACGGGGACACUCGUCGGGGAUUGGCAGGGGUGGGUGGGUCUCGUUAUUAUAGCAAUAGCAAUCGUCGCAGAGGCCGUCGAGAUGCUCAGGUGUCUGAACGGCAGCAUCGAGGUGGCUCCUUGCAGAACUUAGUGCAUGCCUCAAAUGCUGAAUUUGAUCCUGCUGCAGGUUUCGGUGGGUAUCACAGUGGGGGCAGUCGCUCUGCUAGGAAAUCAAAGCGUUUAAGUACUGGCAGUGGUUCUUACGGAAGUGGUUCAGGUGGCAGUGGCAUUGGGAGAGACUGUGGUGGUAUUAGUGUCAGUGCUCGGCAACGAGAGGGAGGUUCCCUGCCCAGUAAUGUGAAUGUGGGUGGUAUGCUGACUUUGAGUGGACUAGACUAUCAUACUACUCCAACAUCCUUGCCUUUUGAUGACAUUAAAUCUUGCAAGCAAGUUGCAGCCAGGCGGAAAGAGUUCAUUCAUUCCUCCUCCUCGAAUGAAUUUACGUCAAUGCCUGUCCAAGCUUCAACAAUAAACUCUUCAGGCAGUGGUAGUGGUGGUGUUGAAAGUGGCAGUGCGUUGGUACCAAAUAACAGUUGCAUAGCUCCAAAACCAGAAUUCAUGGUGUUGGACCUAGGAGACUAUGUUGGUGAGAACACAGGAGAAAGCAAGGGUGGCAACAGCAGCAGUGUUGGUUUGUCAAAUAAUGUUACCUCAACCAGUAGUGCAAACACGGACAAUGGUCUUUCCACUGCAUCCCAAAGCGAAGAGAAGAAGAGUCCAACAGGAGACAGCAAUGGUGCAGAAGAAGGACUUGAAUUGGAGGUGCUUCAACGAGCAGAGGUGACAACUCGGGUGCCCAACUAUACCAGCAGGGCUAUGCUGGAAGUUGGCCAUGGAGAAAAGAAAAGCACUAGCUUGAACGCAGUAAAUGCUACAGACUCUGUAGGAGAGGUUGAUACCACAGUCACAUUUCCUCUUGAAAUUCUUCAGUGCAGUGAAAAAACGAGUAGUACUCCUGCAGUGAAUGGUGUUGAACAAAAUUCAUUACAAUUGCAAUCUUCCUACACUUCUGUCAAAUCUGUUAUGAGCUCCAGCAGUUCAAGUUCCGGCCCUAGAGAUGAGAAGUCCCUCAUUAGUAAAGGCAGUGAUAUUGCAAAGCGCUCUGCAGGUUCAGAGUCUAUAGGUAAAGCUGCUGCAGCAUCGGCUGCAGCACCCACGUCUGCCGCCAAUGCGGCGGCGAGUGCCAUGCCCAUGUUGUCCAUGCAGCACCACUUGAGUGUGCUAUCGCUUCCUCCGACCAGCUGGAUCAAUGCUCCUCUAGUCCCUGGUAAGACGGACUGCCUCCGUGCCGCGUCCCUUGCCUCCGAAAGAGCCUGCCUGCGAGCGUCGUUGGCCUCUGAUGUGAACAGGCUCACUUUUACUCACGGAAGCAGCAAGGACUGCUCUGGAGAAUCAAAGAUAUCUUUAUUAGUUCUGAGAAAGUGGAGUAAAGAAUAUUAUCCAUUGCAGAACAAGUCUCUAGAUGAGAAUGGCAAUGCUGUAAAUCGUUUGGAGUCAACUAAUAGCAAUAGCACUGAACGAAAAGGAAAACAGAGGAAGACAAAGACAAACAAUGAUCGAAAUGUAAUUAUGUCUCAGAACAUUGAAGGAUACCGUGGUGACAAAGACAUUGAUACAGUUCUCAAGUUCAUUGAAUCGAAUUCUGAUGGUAAAGGAACAAACAAAACAAAAAAUGCAACAUCUCACAGUAAUGGUCCAAUGAACUUUAGCAGCAAACAGCAGCGAAAUUGCAGUAGACUGAUUGGAUGUGGGACAAAACCACGUCGUGAACGAGGAGCAGAGGAUCCUAGCGGGGAUGAAGAUCGUGUGGGGAAAGGGCGAGCUGGAACAGGAAAACAAGUGACCAAAGAGCAUCGCGGUAAGGGUUCAAAGUUGAAAAAAUCGAAUAGUCUUGAAGAAAUUUCAAAGACAAAAUUAGAAGAUCUUACUUCAAAUUCUAAAGAAGGUAGUGAGAAUGGAGUGACUGGAGAAGCUGGAAAUAAUGAAGAGGGUGCCUCUGAACUGGUGAGACGUCCCAAAAAGCAAUCAACUUUAGAUAAUGGAGAGUUUUAUGGUGAAAAGGGAAGAGUAGGUGAUAGACGGUCUUGGGGGACAGAGGAAGGUCAACAAUAUUAUUGUAAUGAUGGUGUGACAGUGUCAGCUGAUGAGAGUAGUAGUGGGAGUGGACAGACUAGUCGGAAGCGUAGAGGAAACUCCACAGUUACAAGUUCCCUUACAAGUGAUGAAAAGCGCAAGAGUGAAAGAGAAGAAGGUGUCAGUGCUACAGCUGUUUCAGUUGGUGGUGGAUCUGGUGCUAGUGAAGAAACAGAAUUUCAUGUUGUUAGAAAGAAGUACAGGCGAAAUAAGAGGAGAAGCAGUAGUGGUGGUCGUGGAACAAGUGCUAGUACUGGGGGAAGCAUUUUUGGUGAUGAUAGUUGGCGCCCUUCCUGUCCUAAUUACAGCACAUCUUAUUACCAAAAUAGGGAUGGUGGAGGGGGUCCAUAUUACCAAAGGAAAACAUUCACUAAUACUAGCAGUGGUUUCCCACCGCACGACAGAACAGUAGAAAGAGAUAGUGGUGGAGUGAUGUUAUACACUCAGUAUAGGCAUCACCGCCCACGGUCACCAGACCACUUACGUCGUAAAUCUACUUCUAGUAUGCCUCCAUCAGAUAAGUCUGAUAGCAGUGAUUUGGAUAGUGUACAUUCUCUUCCAGUUUCUUCAACCACGCCAAAGUUGACAUUGGAUCAAACAUCAACGUCAAGUGGUUCCACACCGCAGGCAUCAUAUGCUGACAUUGCUCGAAUGGCUUCCACUAAUGUCCCACCAGCUCCUACUCACACCCAUAAUUAUGUAACUAUAAAUCUCAAUGCAAAUCGGUGGCCUGUAAUGGGAAUGCCCAAGAGUGCAGCGACAACUACUACUACUGGUGUUGUUACUACAUCAAAUACAAAUCCAGUUUCAGUUCCCUCCUCUUCCAGUUCAUUGGUUAUUUCACCAGUAGUUAGUAGUAAUCCUCAGUUCAUCACUGGACCAAAAUUGAAUAUAGGUGUUCCCCCAGUGAGUGGUUCAAAAGUAGCUGUUUCUGCAAGUAACUCUGCUUUGGGAUUGCAAAACACAAACCCAUCAACAGUUCCUGUUGCUCCGGGAGCAACAUCUGAGGAUGUAGAUCAAGCUUCAUCUCGAAGGGAAUCCGAUGCAGUUCGUUCAUCUGAACAGAUUCCUGUUUGCAAGGUGCGAUCUACUCAUUCUCCACCAACUGACACUCGAACAAAGAAAGAUGCAAUGACAAAUACAAGUUUAGAUUAUGGUACAGUCUCCCCUUGUUCUUCUGAAGAGAAGGAUACAUGUCAAGUGCAGGGCAAUGGUUCUAGACCUGUGGAAACCGUAGUGAACUUCUUGCGAGAUGGAGAAUAUCCAUCACUGGAAGAAAGUUUAGGUUCAGAUAAAUCAAAAAGUAUGAAAGUUAGUCAACUUCAUAGUACUCAUUCACAAUUUCUAGGUGAAAACAAUUCAUUACUGACUAGUUUUGUUAAUAGUCCUAAUAAAGAUAAGUCUCAGAGUUCUCAUGUUAACUCUAAUAAGAAAGCAAAUAGUUGUGGCAGCCGACCCCCUGUGAUUAUUAUGGAUGAAAGCGAUCAAGUAUUCCCUUACAGUGAUGGAUUAGCGACUGUUAGUGAAUUGACUUUCGGGUUUGAAGUGAACGAACAGUUAUUAAUGUCUGACACUACUGAAGAUGUGGAGGGUAAAGUUGGGACAUCAGUAUUUGUGCCAGACAGUACUCCUAGUGUUGUUGAGGAAGCAAACCCAGCGGCUGUUUCUACUACUGCGUCGUCAGCAACUAUUAUUUCCUCGCCUGGUGAAGACUUCUCUGCAAGGUACCGGGAACCUCUUACUCAACCAGACAACCAUGAUAAAAUUGUCACCUUUGUUGGAUUGGCAUGGGAUGAUGUAUUGAAAGAAAUGAAUGCUUCACCAAUCCAUUCUGGUGGCAAGGUUCAGUACUAUAAUGGCCAGUAAAAAAAAACUUCCAUUUCCUUUUUUCCCUUGUGUGGCAUUUUAAUAUCAUGUGGUUAAUUGGUUAUAUAAUUAGUUGAGUUUUUCUUUAAAGCAUCAGCAAAUUUCUUUAAGUGCCCUAAUGAUCAGGAGCUUGUUGCAUUUAUGCAUAUAACUUUGCCAUCUGCCAGAGGGGACAGAUAGUGAUGCAAGAGUGUAUAGGCUCUGUGCCUGAAAAUGUUAUUGUUUACCAGAAAACUAUAUCUCUAAAGACAUUGUGACAAUGCUAAGAGCUUAUAUAGAUAGACCCAUGAUGGAGAAAGUGUUAUGAGAUUCACCAGUGAAGGUUUUAUAAGACUCGUAUAAUUUUAAUUUAUAAAUAUUACUCACAUAAUUCUGGUGAUAACUUAGUCAUGAAGUGGACAUGGAAAAAGUCAUGGUUGAGUGACAGUGAUCUUGUUAUUGUGAUGUUACUUUGUUUUUCGUGAAAACUGAAGAAAAGUUGGUAGGAAAUAUAUUUAUGAACCAAAAAAGAUUUGAAAGUUUUAUUAGUGACAAUAAAGGAAUGCGAGAAAUUGUUUGGUUUAGUAUAUUCCACAGAAACCAUUUAGGAGAUUAACUGAAGUAUAAAAAGUGAUUGGUGGUGAUUGUGCAUGUUGUAAAACAAAGAGCUUGCUUCAAAUGUUGCAUACUAAAUGAUGAGUUAACUAUCUGCAAGAGAAAAGGAAAGAUGUACAAUAUGGUGGUUUAUAUUGUAAGAAAUAAGUUCGAAAAUGUUCUGAAAAAGCUCUUGGAUAAGAAAGUGUACUUGGAUUUAGUUGCAUUGUUUGAAGAAUUUAAAAUCUGCCUUGUACUAGCUUUUCUUCCAUAGAAGAGAGUACAAUUUUUGGUUUAUAAUGUGUUGGCAUUUAUAAUUCAAUUUAUUAUUGUGUGAAUGUGUGUUUCAUUUGUAGUCAUCUUUUUUUUUUCUUUUUUUUUUUUUUAAUAUACAUACAUGAACAUAUAUUCUAAACUUAUGUAGUAAAUUAGAGCAAGAGUGAAGACUGGUGAGGAAAAAUCAAUUGAAUGGUUUGUGUGGAAGAAUUUGGAAGAUUCAAGAUUGUUACCAAGUUUUUACGAACGUUCACAAUGAGUAUUUUUGUCUCCCAUUCGUUCGGUUGCCUAAUUGUUAUGCAUCAUAUGAGUGAAUGUAACUUCAGGCUUUCAGAUUGAUGCAUGUGGGGUUGAUAAAAUGUGUGAAAGUAGUCAUUUUUCUGAAGAGCAAGUACCUUAACAAUUUCAUUCAGGGCCAAAUAAGGGAAGAUGCUGGAUGUGUUUGGUUUCUUGAGUGGAUGUGCAGUUCCUGUGCUGCUUUUGCAGCCUUUAAAGGUAGAGCAGGGGGUGCCCUGCUGUGUCCCCUCUUGUUUGCCAUUACAGUUUGUACAGCUUUCAAUUCUGUUGCAGCGUUUUUUCUGUGGAAACUACUAAAAACUCUAUGAACUUUGUAUUAGUUAAAAUGUUGACAAAUUUUGGUCAGAGUUGCUUGAUGUGUAAGUGCAUUUUCUGUUGUUGAUUUUGUUUUUUGUUUUUCUGAUGGGUCGAGAAUGUGGCUUAAAGACAUUUCCUUUCAUGCAGUCCGACAGCAGUACUAAGGAUCUAUGCUUUCAAACUAGACAAGUUUUCAAUAAAAUAUAAAAAGAAAUAAAAAAAAUGGAAACACCAUUUCCCCAUAUACAAAACAUAUUUCAAAAAAAUUAUAAUGAAGCUGUAAUUUGCAUUUCUUGUGGUAUAUUACUUGCGAAUUAUGACCAGGUGGUUGUUGCUGUGCAGUAUCUCCAAUUCGCCUCAAUAUGCUUGAAAGAAAAUAAAAUUCCUGAUUCUGUAUUACAAAAGGUGCACUUUGAAUUAAUACUCUGGUGAAACUUGUAAUUUACUUCAAGAAAUGUUUAAUCAGGCUUUCCUAGAUAACAAAGCUAAGAUACAAAUUGUAAGGUAAAGUAUGCAGUGUGUAAAAUAAGCUCUAAUUAUUCAAUAAAUUGCUUGUUGCAAAACCUGGAACUUUAAGCUGUUACAAUGUCAUAGUUCUUCAGGGACUUGGUACGACUUAAAUCUUCAAUGUCAUGUGAAAUGGAGAAAAAUUAUCCGAACAGCUGUAUAUUUAUUUGAAAUUACAAGUUCCAAGCAGUCACAUAGUGAAGCAACAGUCUAAUCCAACCGGACUUAGUGUUGCAUUUUCUGUACACCAAGAAGUAGUGUGGUUACUAUAUUUUUCUACAGAUGUUGACAGAUUCUUGGUUUCAUUUUGAAAAUGGUGUUCUGGCAAUAAAGUAUGAACUUGUAGUUCUGUGUGUAAGUAUUUAUAUUGUUUCCUACUGCUAUUAUUGUGCAGAUUUUCAAUCUAAAUCUGUUAAUGAUCAUCUGGACAAAUUCAUUUAUUUUUAUCUCUAUUGGUUGAACCAUUCUCGUGUUAUGUAUAGUGUUCUUCUCCACAUAUCUCGCCAUAACUUGUAUGUGGAAGUGUGUUAAACCAAAGACUGCAAGUGCCACUGUUUUUGGAGUGUGUGUUAAGCAGACCAGUUGGGUUAACUUCUUGGAAUUGGACGACUCAAAAAAAAAUUCGAAAUUUUGUGUCAAGAUGUUUUAUUGAAAUUUGCUUCAAAGUGAACACAGCUAUAUCAGUAUAUCAUACAAAAGCAUACAUUUAUGUAAAAUGGAUCUCAUAAACAGAAGGUGUUUUAAAGGCCUGGGAAAUAGUGUGCCCUUGACUUCUAGAUUAUACAUUAAUGUUAUUCUAUGAUUUUCUGUUUUCCAUCAGAGUGUUAACUAAGUCAGUUUUUUUCUAGGUGUUAUUUUGUGAGAGAUUGAACUUAACUGAAUGUGAACCAGUGACUCACAGGAAAUUUUUACUCUAUACACUUAAAACCUUUAUUCUUCAAUAAUCAGUUGCUUUCUAUUUCUUUAGAAUUGGAAACUUAUACUUAAUUUGGGAUCCAACAUUGGCCAAGAAUAUGGAAUAAAUUCUGUUUUCGCAGGCAGCCACUUGCUAUUUUUACUUGUGGGUUGGCAACCCUGUAUAACAUUGUAUUUGUUGCAGGCUUGAAGACAUUUGGAAAAUGUGGAAAUGAAAUGUGCUGAAUAUUUGUUAAUAAGGAAUCUAUGCUGAAAACUGACAUGUCCGUAUAAAUCAUUCUGACCUUUGGUUAAUUGUGUCAAAAUAUAUUUGUGCUGUGUUGUGAAUUUAGAACAAAUAUGACUACUUAAAAUAUACAAUUUCAUUUCACACUGCAUUAAAUUAAUUUCAGUACUUUGUCUAUAUUCUAGACAAAGUUAUUUUAUUUAAUUUUUCCUAUUAGCAUACUUUAAAAAUGUUCCUACACGCAAAACUUUGCAAAUUGAUUUCAGUGCCACUGCUGAAGGUAGCUUUUGGAACUUAAAGGCUCAAAAUAAGUUCUAUUAAAUAUUGUUCCAUUUUGAAUCCCGUUGCCUGUUUGCCGCCUAUUGAGUUACCAAAAUUUGUAUAUUGAAAGUCGUAUUUGUUAUAAAUUCCUCUUAUAUAAAUAAGCAAUAUUUAUAUAUAAAUAUAUAUACACUUAUAAAUUUGAGUCAUAAACAGUUAACACAUGACUGGCCUUUUAUUUAUUUGAGUUCCUAAGAGUUGAUGGUUGGCUGUGCACUCCUUUCCUUUUCCUCUGUUUUGAAUCACAUUUUCUUGAUGGCAAAUUAGAGAUGCUUUUGAAUCAAAGGUCGCAAUGGUUUGUAUGGUUUAGGUGAACGAGUGUUACCUUUGUAGGGUUGAUUAGGACAAUGUACAGAGAUUGUUAAUACAUGGAUAAAAGUUGUUCAGUAAUGAAUAAAAGUUAUGAAAAAUCAAUUGCUUUCA